AUGUUGCUGAGUGGAGACAGGACGGUCAUCUGGGUACUGAUCGGUGUGGUUGCCGUGUUCACAAUAUUCUUCAAUGUCUACAUAGUGCUGGUAAGCCUGCGGCAUUACAGGGAGAACGGGCACUGGCUCCCCUGUGAGACCAUCAUCACAGCAUUCGCUCUGGGCAGCACCACUCACCAGGUUGUCUCCUACUUUUUUAUAUCCCUGGACAAGAUGGACACCUACUGCAUCCUGGAAGAUCAUGUGCUGUCCACUCUGCUGGUGAUAAUCUACAGCCUGAAGUUCUGUAUCGUGUGGCUCACGGCAUUCCUGGCAUUUUACUACAGCACAAAGCUGGUGGUUGAGCCCAUCCACUGCUACACCAAGAUACAGGAAGCUAUCCUGAAGCAUGUCACAACUGUGGUCGUGGUCAUCUAUCUGUGCGGGUUCGGCAGCUGCAUGCCAAUGAUGGCUGCCUUCGACCACCUCCACAGCAACGUGGAUACCUACGACUGUGGCAUCCUGAGGCCAAAGGGCAGCCAAGGUGUAGCGUACAUGGCAUACUACCUGCUCAUGUCUGACAUCAUCCCCGGUCUGAUCAUGGUGAAGAGCAGCAUCUCCAUCAGUGUCCACUUAGCCAUUCACCUACGCCACAUGAAAGCUAGCACCAACGGGUUCCACACGCCCAAGCUGGGCGCUGAGAUGCGUGUGAUCCGCAUGAGCCUGGGACUGAUUGCGAUCUUCAUCUGCUUCCUGGUCGUGGACCUCUAUGUGCACUACGUGAACACAGUCCAGAACCAGAACGUCUUACCGCUUACCGUCCUCUUCUCCUCAAUCUACACAGCCAUGAGUUCCCUGGUGCUGAUCUAUGGAAAAAAGACCUUAUGGAAGGAACUCCUCCAUAUGUUCAACCUCUUCCUGGAUGAGUACCCCUGUCUCUCCUGCCUCAAAGUUCCAGAGAAGAAGCCAGACACAAAUGCCACCCCAGGACACUGA